AACGCUUAGUUUUGAUCUGUCAGGGACACGGACAACACUCCCUGCAGCUCCCCGCCGACCACGUGACCCGCGAAGUAAACAAGCCUUGUCAGCGCGUUUGAAGCCUUGGCCUGCACUUCAUAGCCCACGAGACGCCAGGCCGUGCAAGAGAAUAUGGGAAAGAAGGGUCUGCUGGAGCGGCUGCAGGAGGGCGUGGUGGUGGGCGAUGGCGGGAUGGUGAUCGCCCUGGAGAAGCGCGGCUACGUGCAGGGCGGCGCCUGGUCCACCGAGGCGGCCGUGGAGCACCCCGAGGCCGUGAAGCAGCUGCAACGGGAGUGGGUGCGUGCAGGGAGCGACGUGGUGACGACCUUCACCUUCUACUCAAGUGACGACAAGCUGGCGCUGGGGGACGAAAGCGUUCGGAAGAACUUCACGUGCCGCCAGAUCAACGAGGCCGCUUGCCGCAUCGCCCACGAGGUGGCCGAUGAGGGGGACGCCCUCGUGGCCGGCGGCAUCACCAGGUGUCCCGUCUACGUGCAGGGUAAGGGCAAGGCCGCCGUCCAGGCCCAGAUAAAGAAGCAGCUCGAAGUUUUCGUCAAAAAUAAGGUCGACUUCAUUAUCGCCGAGUUCAUUUUCCACAUAGAGGAGAUGGAGUGGGCCAUCGAGGAGGCCCUGAAGACGGGGCUGCCAGUGGCCGCCACGCUGGCCAUUGACGAGAGAGGCGACCAUGCCGGCAUCCCUGUGGGGGAGUGUGCCGUAAGGAUGGCCAAGGCUGGAGCCCAAGUCGUGGGCGUGAACUGCAUGUUCGACCCUGACACGACGGUGAAGACCAUCAAGAUCAUGAAGGACGCCCUGGACGCGGCGGGACUGAGCCCUUACCUCAUGACGCAGCCCAACGGCUUCCUCUGCCCCGGGGUGGGCAAGAUGGGGUACCUCUCCUGCCCAGAGUAUCCGUACGCCAUGGAGCCGCGUCUGGUGACCAGAUUUGACGUCCAUCGCUACGCCCGCGCCGCCUACGACCUCGGGGUGCGCUACCUCGGUGGCUGCUGCGGCUUUGAGCCCUACCACAUCCGCGCCAUCGCCGAGGAGCUGGCGGAGGAGCGCGGCAAGCUGCCGCCGGGCAGCCAGAAGCACCAGCCGUGGGGGAGGAGUAGUGAGUUCAGCGAUUUCAGCUUCAUCAAGAAAAGGGUGGGACGCGAGUACUGGGAGAACAUCGUGCCCAGCUGCGGCCGCCCCAAGCACCCCCUGAACGACUACGACCCGCUGCCCGAGGAGGACUAGCGGUCAGGAGGGCUGCCUGAUGGUUUUGGCUGGCGGCGGAGGAAAGCAGUACACCUUCAGGGAGCCUCGCUGGGGCCUGGGCAGGACGGCAGUGACGGGGAUCCUCCCUCAUGCCUGUUGUUUUGACUGUAAACAAUGGAGAUCUGCCUAUGUAACGGGUCCUUUCUUCCGUUUUUCCUUGUUUGUUUUCCCUAUUCGAUUCCUUAGCUGUUCUGCGUCUGACUGUUUUGUGUUGCUCCAGUGUGUUUGUUUCCUUCUGUCCAUUUUCUCACUCAGGCUCAAGGCGAAUGACCUCUCCUGCCUAUCUAUUGUCUAAGGACGUUACCGGAAGCUUUUCUCGCUUAUAAGUCACCGCAAGUCGAGAAUAAGAGUUGAAAUAAAUGUAACAAACUAACAAUGUAACAAAAUAAUGAAAUAAAAGAAGAACAGAAGAAAAAAACUAACAACCAUACAUC